UCUCUCUCUCUCUCUCUCUCUCUGUGUAGCCCUCCCUCCACUCUUUGGUUACCGAGGACUACUACUUACUCCCCCGUCCGAUCCAUCCCACCUAGCUCACCCUCUCCUCCUUUCUCAUGCACACACCACCCCCUGGCUAACACCACCAUCGGCUCCUCGACAUCUACUGAAUGUAGAUAAUCUGUGGGUGCAGCUGCCUCUUUCAAGCCAUCUGCUCCACUGCUGCCAUACCUGUCUUCUUCCCUCUCGCCUUUACUCACCUGGGAGCCUGCGUCGGCUGCCAUACACAUCCGUCACCUGACCCAGGCCUUGCCUCGUGUUACCAUCGGAGUUCAACACUUGCCUGUCGUCCACCGACUACUUUACCCAUACACAAGUGCCGAGACAGCCGCAAGUGAAGACGAAAGCAAAUCCACCAGAAUUAGGAAAAGAAGCAGAACCCCCCCGAAGAUCUGCAACACUUGAGAUUCAGGCAACAUCGAGAGAAAUCCCUUGGUCUGCUUCAUCGUCUUCCAGUCCACCGUCUUCGCCCUCUCCUUGCUACCUGGUUAGCCAACACUGGUUGCAGUCGAAGACAGAUAAUUCCAACAGCUUUCCUCAUUGCUUUUAGCUCUGUGGAAUGGAACAAAACGGUCCCCCGUCUCCUGCUCCCUCGAACGAUGAUAUCUACCCGAACGGACUGCAUCACUUGAUACGCCCGGAAGGAGCCACAUCCUACCCGCGAGAACACUUACAUCCGAGUGAUAUGGGAGGCAUGCAAACUCCCUCUCGAUACGGUACGCCUGGUCCACAACAAGAAAUGCAAUACGAUCACCACUCCCCAUACUCACAUCGCCCACAUGAUGGUCAGAUGUCGUAUAGUCAUGGAUAUGACACAAGCGUCAGCUCCAUAUAUGGCCCCAUGUCCGGGGAGUUGAGCCACCAGCCGUACAGCACCCCUGACACGUCGCCACCCACGCCGUCGAGGCCACCAGAUGGGUUGACCACACGUAGUGGUCUCAACAUACAGAAGGGGCCGACUACCAUCAAGCCGCUUGCAGUGAGAGCAUCACGUGUUGAAAAGUCAACGCCCAAGAAGAAGAAGGAGCGGGCAAAGUCUGCCAAAAAGGUUGAUGUCGUUAAGAGCCCACUGAGCGAAUUGGCAAAGGAGCAACCGCACAUCCCAGUUGCGGACAUUGGGGCCUAUGUCCAGCGAUCUUCAGAAAUACGGAUGAAGGAAGUUGAAGAGAGCAAGACCCCAGGCCGAAUCAAGCGACCGAUGAACGCCUUCAUGUUGUACCGCAAGGCGUAUCAGAACCUCGCCAAAAGCCUCUGUACGCAAAAUAACCAUCAACUUGUAUCUCAGGUCUGCGGUGCCGGCUGGCCUUUGGAGCCGGAACACAUUCGGGACCAAUUUAAUGAAUGGGCGAAGGAAGAGCGCGCGAACCACCAGCUUGCUCACCCGGGCUACAAGUUCACGCCUUCGAAACCAAGACCCAAGGCGAGAGAAGAAGAGGACUCGGACCAAGGCGACAUGGACGACAUGGAAUGGAAUGGCAGCCGCGCAAGCUCAAGGAGCAGACAAGUAAGGAAACCCGGACACGGCAGGAACGAAGCACCAGCGUCCAUCUUCCACAACUACCCGCCACUGCAGACGAGUCCCAUGGGUCUCGGCGUGCAGACACAGUCCAUGUACCAUUACAGCAACCCGGGAAAACCUCUCCCAGCACCAUACAGUCAAAACGGCCUUGGCGGCGGCCAGUACUACCAGCAGAGCGUCCACCAGCGUCAGGACGCCACCGGCUUUGUUGAAGACGUGCUCAUCAGGAAGACGCCAUCACCAGCGAUGGGCUACGCAGCACCAUCGAUGGACCACCGGUACGACGGCAUUGACCACUACGGCCCAAUGUCGCAUCCUGACGGCAUCGAUCCGAUAAUCGAUCCGGGUCUAAUGGGCCAUGGAGGUCAUCCGUACGGCGACAUGUAUGGCAAUCACAUGCUACCGCGAUGGACGAAUCCGCUCAACUUUGGCGACGGAAGGCAGGAACUGAUUGAUGGUAUGGGUUAUGAUGAAAGUCUUCUGACAGACCCUCAAAUUCAGAUCCUGAGAGGACCAGAGAGCAGUUGGAGAGUGGAGGAGCUUGACAGCAGCCACUUCACCAACAGUUGGAUAGAACCAGAAUGAGCGGAAGGAGAUUUGCUUCGGAAUCGACUCGCUCCCGUUGUUUGAACAUUGUCCGAGAAAAGGAAGGGCGUCAGGAGUAUUGGGUAUCUUAGAACGUAGGCGGAAAUCUCAUUUCUGUUUGGUUUUGUUGAGACUGGAGAUGAACCAUGUUAUUGAGGGUGGUCCUUGGGCAGACGAGAGUGCAGUAAGAAAAGGGGAGAAGACGAGGAGAGAGGCCCGGGACUUGCCCCGUCGAGGGCGCACACACCAUACUACCUUAGCUAAAGGCUCUCCAAAUACAAGUACCUACUUAUUGCUCCA